GAUAAUUUUUCAGAUCUUCAUUGUUAUCUGCCAUGAUAUAUAACCAGAAACUGUUGUUUAUAUGCUCAAGCAUUUACAUUGUCUGCUCAAUCGCAAUUGUGCUGUUAUUGUUUAUGAAGCACAGCAUUAAACAGCACGUUGAACCUAUAAACUUUCAUCAAUAUGCGAAGUACUCGGAUCAACAUAGCACUAGUAAGGACAUUUGUCCAGAAUAUUCGAAAAGAUUGAUAGGGAAACUCAAAGUUAAUUCAUCUUUUGUACCAACAGAGGAUGCAGCCAUUAAAGAGGCGGGUGAACGCGUCAUAAAUGGGUGUUACGAACCGAAAGAUUGCUAUUCCAAUCAGACGGUGGCUAUAAUAGUUCCGUACAAAAAUCGACAUCAGGAUCUCAUAACGCUUCUGCAUCACUUGCAUCCAAUUUUGCAAAGACAAUCUUUAAAAUAUUGUGUGUUUGUAUCCGAACAAUACGACGACGGAGCAUUUAACAAAGGACGUAUAAUGAACGCGGGAGUUUUGGAAAUUCUACAUGAGUCUAGAUACGAUUUUGACUGCCUUGUAUUCCAUGAUGUUGAUAUGCUACUCGAAGAUGAUCGAAACCUGUACAUCUGCGGUGACGCACCACGUCACUUGUGCCCCGCCAUUGAUAAAUUCAACUAUAAAGUGAAGUACGGCACGGGAUUUGGUGGCGUGGGAUCAAUCAGAUUCAGUCAAUACAGGCUAGUAAAUGGCCAUAGUAACAGAUUUUAUGGUUGGGGUGGCGAAGACAGUGAUAUAGAAAUCAGGUUUAAAUUAAAAGGGUUAAUAUCAGAAGCUAAAGAUCCACAAUUCGGUCGUUAUAAAAUGAUACCACAUGAACAUCCUUGGCAAUUUGACCCAAAAAGUGGUAUUGGAAGCCAUUUUCAAGCACGAGAUACAAAACUAUUUGAUAGGAAAAAAAUAAUAUUCCCAAAAUCUGAUCCUAGUGGUAUGAAUAACAUGAAAUACGUCGUGAAGAAUAUUUUUAGACACAAACUUUACACAAAGAUAAAUGUUGACAUUAGAAUAUUUGUGGUCAAUAAGGCAUCCGUUAGAUUCGUUGGAAAUUCUAAUGAAGUUAUAGUAGAAAACCCAUUUAUAACGAAUGAUAGAUUAGACAAUGAAAAAGAGAAUUCGCGCAUUCAGGGAUAUGGUAUAGAUGCCGGAGACCAAUAUCCUAACCAGGAAUGCACGUACAAACGUUUUGAAGGGAAAACUGUCAACUUGACAUUAGGUCAAAAAGUUAGUGGUACAUACGACAUCCCAUACCGCAAUCUGGAAGACGCCAAGUCAAAAUGCACAAAUUUACAACGGUACUGCGGAUCUAUUGUGGAAACGUCUUCUGGUGUGUAUUUUCUACGCUCUUCCUCUUAUCUUCAUGAAAAUAUUCUAAAAUAUAAAUUGGGCCGUCAUCUUCAAAAAAUAUUUAUUGAGAGACAUGAAGACAUUUCGGUUUACGUUAAAAUUUGUUCAAGGGAUAUCCGGUAUUUACAAAUAUUUGAAGCACCUGUGAUAUUACAGGAUGAAUUUCCAUUGAAAUCGAUCGAACACCAAGCUGAAGUUGAACUUUUUGUGUAUAACUUUGAAGACGUCAAAUUAACUUACUCGGUUUCUGUGUAUACAGCACACAAUGCAAUCCUGAAAGAGAGGGAGGAAGUUUUCAACACGUCACUCGGAAUAUAUGAUUCUUUGAUGUUUACAUAUUCACGUUCAGUGGAAUUUUUUAGCAUGAGGGCAUCGAAUAAGUCUGAAGUCGUGAUAGAAAAAUCUAAAUUUAAUAUAGAGACGUUUGCAGAAAAACAGAAAAGUUUUCGAAUAAAAACACCAAAAAUGAAGCUGCUUCUCUAUCCAGGCUGCUAUGUUUGCGAAAGCGUUAUAAAAGAUCAAUUUGGCAGUCCACAUAUGAAAUGGAAAUGGUGGUUUGAGAUUAGAGGAGCAACUCCGGAUAUGGAAAUCAAACUACUAAAAGAGCACUUGCGCGUUUCCAGAGUAAGGAGUACAGAAUUCACAGAAAUACUAACUGAAAGAUUUUUUCAAAUAAUUCCUUCAAUAUACCGGUCUCAACUAGAAGACUCUGCUGUUACGAAUAUGAUUCAACAUCACCAAAAUGAACUAAUGCUUGAAAACUGGAAAAAGACUACUUUGUCACGUAUUGGUGCUGCUAAAGGCGGGAAAUCGGGGUGAGGCACUCUGGCCAUGUAGAGUAGACAAUCAAGUGGUGGGAUUCAAUCCGUUGGUUGGACAACGACUGCAUCCAUCAGGAAACGACCGCAACUAAUAUGACAUUGUCGUAAACACUUGCCAUUUCCUAAUAGUGAAGAUUGAGUUCAAGUUGAAUUUUUUUAUAUAACUAUAUUUAUGUGCAAAUGUAAAAAAAUCAUUUAAUGAUGUCGCGAGAUAACGAUUUAACGAGAUCCCGUUAUACUAUUCAAAUCGUUUUGGAAAUCUUUUUCACAAUUUGUCAAAAAUGAGCAUCUUCUGCAAAGAUAGAGAAUGGAAAACAAGUUGAAAUAAGUCACUAAAAUUUUAUGAAAAUUAUAACAUUGGAGUUCACGGAAAUGAUAUAAGCGGCUUUAUGCCGCGACUGAUCUACUAUUGUGCAACAAGUGUUACACUGGAUACAGUUGUGUACUUGUGAUAAAAGUGAUACUUUUCUUCAAAGAUGGACAUUUUGGAAA